UCUGUUUCACCUGCUAGGUAUAAGCAAUAGACAGCUUUUUGCUUUUCACAGACCGCUAUUAUGAGCCCUGAUGUCAUAUUUGUAUUUUCAGAUUUUAUUGUUAUUUUAACAUUGCUGUAGGAGGAGAACUUGACAACUCAUUCUGACAGUAGUUAACCUGUACAGGUAGCAUCUAUAUAUAUAUAUAAUGUAUGUUUAUCUUUUUACAGAUUCUGUUGUCAUAGUAACCUAGUAAUCAACAUGUCUGUGACCGCGACAACGACCCUUGUUCACAGCGUGAAAUCACCACUGCUGGCUGCGCUGUGUUCGCAGUGUGUGGCUGGCGGGCAGCGCAAUAUCAACACGUUCUCCAAGAACUCAGCCAAACAGAUCACACAGUCAUGCAAAAUGGCACAGUCGUGCAAGCUUGUCAAGUCGACGAUGGACGCCAACAUGUGUAAAAUAUGUGGCUGUCUAGCGAAUCCACGGAAAUUUACAAACGGCUUCGACCCAAAGAUGAAUUCAGUCAUACGAUCCCAGAGUACCAGUGCUACGAGCGUGUCCCGACUGUCGUCGGCGGCGACGGGGGUCACGUGGGCUCAGCUGAUGACUGAGAUGUCUGGAGAUGGACUGACUGCGUCGCUCGACACGACCCCCGACCUCAAACGCUUCCUCAGCGAGGUGGGCACGGACCCCCGGGAGGCACGCUAUUGGCUCAAACAGUUCACCAACUUCGAGCAGCAGCGCCCAUUUGCCAUCGUUCAGGUCUACCCUGAAGUGUUUGCCAAGAAACAGCUGUUGGGACAGUUGACGUCUUGUCUGUCGUUCCUGCAGCGGAACAACAUGCGUCCUGUGGUUAUCCUAGGAAGUCCUAUCGUUACCGCGAUCAACUUCUCUGCCUCAGACCUGCAGCAACUGAAGGCACAGACGGUUCACGACAGUACAGUUCUAGCCAGUCUUCUGGAGGCAAAUCGGGUUUUGGCACGACCCCUCUUUAUUGGCACCAACGUCUUACGGGCGGAGAAGUUACCUGGAGAUACGUUUUGCGGUGAGCUGUGUGAUGUGAACACAGAACUCAUCAUGUGGUGCUUGCUGUCAAAACACAUUCCCAUCAUCCCGGCGUUCGGGGAGACCCCUAGUGGUCAGAUCCUGGCCGUUGACAUGUGGUCCGUCACCGAGAAGUUGUCAAGCGCCCUACAGCCACUCAAGGUCAUAAAAGUGAACACAUGUGGAGGAUUUGUCGAUGAAACUGGCUCGGUGAUUGCCAACAUCAAUCUACCGGCAGACCUGCAUGCUGCUGCAGAGAAACCUUGGUGUACGCCGGUUCUCAGAAAUAAAAUGGAGCGGAUCUACGGUUUGCUGUCUGUUCUCCCAUCGGAGAGUUCUGUCGUCAUCACGUCCGUAGACAAGAUGUUGAAGGAACUCUUCACUCACAGAGGUUCUGGAACGUUUUUCAAGAUCACGGAGCCGAUCUAUCAUUACUCCUCUUUCAACAAAGUAGAUCUUGUUCGACUCACUGACCUUAUUACCAAAGCGUUUGGCAAGGUGUUGGAUGAAGAUUACUUUCUAGAGAUAGAGAAUCAACUGCAUACCAUUUACCUCUCUAAAGAAUACAAUGCAGCCGCCAUCAUUCUGCAGGAUGACAGUGUGGGCGUGCCGUACUUGUGUAAAUUUGCCGUGUCGCUCAAGGCUCAAGGUGAAGGUACAGGAGAAAUGCUAUGGGAGACCAUUAGGAAAGACUUUCCACGUCUGUUCUGGCGGUCAAGGGGAGACAACCCAAUCAAUUCAUGGUAUUUCAAGAAAUGUGAAGGAAGCUGGAGUCAGCAGUACUGGACAGUGUUUUGGUACGGAGUCUCCGAACACAAACUGUCGUGUCUACUUAUCGACACAGCUGUCAAGAGGAAGGAAUCGUUAAUCAUCCCCACAAAAGCGUCCGUCACCUCCACUCAACAAUGAGAAACAGUGUGCAGCCUUUUGGUCAGAAGCUUUAAAAUAGUGCUACAGUGUUGUUAAAGAUGAAACCAUUACACCUUGUAGAUGUGUUUACAAAAUACCAAUGUCUGUACAAGUGUGUUUACAACACAAAGGAAACAAUUUUGGAACAUUUCAGUUUUCAAUUUUUAUUGACAACAAUUGCAGAUUAAUUUAAUAUUGAUUGAAUAGCAACGAUUAUUGAAUGUUUUACAACUCUGUAGUAAAUAUUGAAACUCGGGGAGCGAAAAUGGAUAAAAUGUUGCCUAAUAAUUAAAUAAUAUUUAUAAAAUGAUGGAGUACCUCCAAGAACUGAAAAUAUAUGUAAACUAUUUAUUUGUUUUGCCAAAAUAUUACAGAUAACACGUUUCAUUUUGCAUAACCCCAAUACUGAUCAGAUCUAUAGGAAUGAUGUGUGCAUUAUGUGUGUGCGUGUUUGGUGGGGUACAAUCCAGAUUUGUAUCUUUAUUUAAAUAUAGAGUAGGACAAAAAGUCCAUACGUUUUCACCCUUGUGGGGGCUGUCCCCCACCCAACUCUACACGUUAUAAUAUAUUUUGUGAAAAAUACAACACUAUCGAGAGGGUCAUGUGACUACUAAUUUUAGGGAGUGUAAAAAUCAACCUAGGUCGACCACAUGUUUCAGUUAGCCACCCUCAUGCCUGAACACUGUCUCGUGUUGCUGUUCUACGAGUGGCACACAUGCAACUUGCACAAUUGUUAUCAGUUAGCCACCCUCAUGCCUGAACACCGCCUCGUGUUGCUGUUAUACGCGUGGCACCAUGCAACUUGCACAGUUGUUAUCAGUUAGCCACCCUCAUGCCUGAACACUGCCUCGUGUUGCUGUUAUACGCGUGGCACUGUGCAACUUGCACAAUUGUUAUCAGUUAGUACUACAUGUACAUAUAGUACAUAUAACAGUAACUUCAAACAGGUGGAUUACUGAAAUACUACAGAGGUCAACCUACCUGAAAACAUAUUAGAAUUUUGUAGUAUUUUUUAAAGAGGAACUGUUUCCUAAACCAGACUACAAUAUUAAGCUGCAAUAACACGUACCGACAUGACAUGACAGAUGGUGUGGUGCCUUUAAUUUACAUUUUCACAUGCCUUCAAAUUAAAUUACUUUCACCAAUUGUAGACUGUGAUAAAAAUAGUCCCCUGCUUAUUGGUUACUAAUAAAGGCAUUUAUCCUAUAGCAUACCCAUAAUAUCCAUAUUAUAAACCCAUUGGAUAUUGACCCUUAUUAACCCGGUUAAUGUUUUGUUUGCUGUGGAUAGGACAUUUGUUUACAAGAUAACAAGACCUGUAUACCAGAGUGUAACAUUUUGAUAUCAUUUAGUGAAAGUGUUUGACGUCAAAAUACAUUUGUGCUAAUCAUGAUGAUGCAUAUUGCCGAUGAAGGCAACUUAGAACUGUGAUUUACUAAAUACGAAAUUAAAAACUGAUUAACACAAA